UGCUAACUGAAUCCGAAUAACCCCCCAGGGAAUUAGGUUUUGUGAUAGUCCAACAUUUUUUAAAUAUAUUAAUUUAAAAUAACAAAAUUGAAAGAAGAAUGUGAGAUACAGACAUACAGUAUAAUACAAUAAAUAUAUUUAAAUAAAAGUGAGAAGUUACUCUAAAAUGUAAAAGAAAAGUAUGUAUACAUGUUUUUCUAAAUGGAUACAGUGGUGUAUAAGCAAUAACAGAAAUAGGUCCUAGGUAAAUGUUAUUUUUUAUAUUUUCUGAAUGAGAAUACGUUAUUUAUCCUGAGGAAAUUAGGUUUUGUGAUUGUCCAUUUUAGAUUGAAAUAAAUACAUAAUAUAUAUAUAAAUAAGAAUGUCAGAAAAAAAGUACAAUACAACUAAAAUUAUAACUUUCUCUAAAAUAAAAAUAAAAACUACGUACAUAAGCAUAAUACGUUAAAAUUCAUUAUGUAACAUGUUUUUAAUAUAUAUAUAUACAGUGGUGUAUAAGCAAUAACAGAAAUAGGUCGUAUAUGUCUGUUUGUUGUGGUUCCACGUGUGUUAGUUAGCUUAUCCACACCUGUAUAUGUGUGUGUGUGUGUGUGUGUGUGUGUGUGUGUGUGUGUGUGUGUGUGUGUGUGUGUGUUUAUGCCUGUGUGUGUGUUGCAGCCUGUCAGUAUGACAUGGUGGGUCCAGAAGGAAUCGUAGAGUCUCAUCAGAUCACCAGAGACGGGAAGGCGGGCGCCUCGGAGGCCGUGGACUGUAAAUGGUACAUCAGAGCUCCACCUCGCUCCAAGAUCUACCUGCGAUUUCUCGACUAUGAAAUGGCCAACUCCAACGAGUGCAAGCGCAACUUUGUGGCUGUGUACGACGGUGGCAGUUCGGUUGAGGACCUGAAGAACAAGUUCUGCUCCACCGUGGCCAACGACAUCAUGCUGGUCUCCACGCUGGGAGUCAUCCGCAUGUGGGCGGACGAGGCCAGCCGCAAGAGCCGCUUCCGCAUCCUGUUCACCACCUACCAAGAGCCUCCAUGUGAUGCCGACGCCUUCUUCUGCCACAGCAACAUGUGCAUCAACAGCACGCUGGUGUGUAACGGCAUGCAGAACUGCGUCUACCCCUGGGAUGAGAACCAAUGCAAAGAGAAGAGGAAAGCCAACAUCUUGGACAACCUGAACAACACGAACGGCACCAUCAUCGGCGUGACGUGCUGCAUCGUCCUCCUGCUGCUCAUCGUGUCCGUCAUCGUGCAGAUCAAGCAGCCGCGCAAGAAGUACAUCCUGCGGCGCGAGGACUUCGACCCGACGAUGUUCCAGGAGGUGUUCGAGCCGCCUCACUACGAGCUGUGCACGUUACGCAGCGCCAACGCUAACGCCAACACCUCCGCAGACUUAGUGGACCUGGCGGAGGACUUUGAGAACUACCACGCUCUGCGACGCGCCUCUUCGAGAUGCAUCCACGAUCAUCACUGUGGCUCCUCCUCAAACCCUGGCUCCGCCCACUUAUCCCAGCUGUCUCUCAGUGGGCGAGGAAGCCGUGGGAACUUGAGUCGCGACGCCGCCGCGCUGCUGACGGACCUCCCGCAGCAGAACAUGGCGGUGCGCCCCCUGCUGCCGUCCUCUGGUAACAGACGCAGCAUCCUGGUGAUGAAGCACAGCUACUCACAGGAAGCGGCGGAUAACGGAUGCGACAUGGACGACGAAAUGGAGGAAGUUCCCACCACCAGCCACCGGCUCUCCCGCCACGAAAAGGCAGUACAGCGGUUCUGCCUCAUUGGCUCUUUGAGCAAACAUGAAUCAGAGUACAACACAACUAGGGUCUAAGAGACAAUCUCAAGACUUCUUGAGAAUAGUGCGAUCCUGGAUCAGUACGAACGGGCGUCACUGACAUAUGAGAAAGCGGAGCGGGGAUUUACACCUGCAUGAUGAUGAUGAUGAUGAUGAUGAUGAUGAUGAUGACGAAGGGACACUUUGACGAGAGGAGAUUGAAUAUGUAACCAUGUGAUGAACACAAAGGACUAGAUGAAACACUCACCGUGCUGUGAGACGCGUCAGCUCUAAAUCCAGAUUUAUUUUGUCUCUCUGGAAAGAAAUGGACCUUUUAGAAUAAACAUGAUUAUUGAUUAUUAAACUUUAAAUGUGUCAUUAUCAUAGAUCCCUCACUGAAAUUAAUGUAAUAAAGUAUAUUAAAGUUACUUUGAAGCAUGUGUUUUUCAAAUGAAUAGCAUACAUAUUAUGAUUUUUAAAGAUAAUUAUAGAAGCUUGCUGUUUUUAAAAUCUAGGAUGAUUUGUUUUAUUGGCAUUAGUUACUAACCUAAUCAAAAUGAAAGCUAAAAUAAUUUUGAUAACCCUUCAAGGUUUGUGCAUGCUUCGUCUAUAGCCAUUAACAUUAAUAAACUAACGUUCAAAUAUAAAAAGCCCCCAUUCAGUAACACAUCAAAGUAGUGGAAGAAAAGCAUCUUUGCAUUGCAUGUUGAGAGUUGCACCAUUUUCAUUUGAACUCCUUUUCAAAAAACUUUUUGCACUUUUAGAAUACUUGUUUUUUUUAAUUACUUAAAGUCUGGUUGUCUUCUAGCCUUCUUCUACUGUAGGAGCCUCUUUGUAUGGAAACAGACUUUUAUACUAUAGGGCGAAUUGACCGUUUUUACAUUUACUCUAAAUAUCUUUCAGGGCUGAUUUUACUGAUGCUUUGUAAAAUAAAUAACAAUAAAGCUUCACCUUUGUUUUAUUGGCUUUUACUUUUCCGUGUGUCCUCAAACUGUCAGCAGCACACACACAUUUUCUUUACUUGUUGCUUUAUUAUCUUUAGAGGAUUAGUUUCAUAUAACAGGACAAUAAAAAAGAGUCCAAAUAAUGGCCGGUAUGUGACGGACAAGUUAAUUGACUUUUGGUGUUUGCCCUCAUGAGAUUAACCCCACACACUCUGCAGAAAGGACGGAUCAGCCUCACACACUCCCUCAAAAACAUCUUGCAAUACACAGAAAGAGAGAUUAGCUUUGACUUAAACAACACACACACACACACACACACACAACACACACACACACACACACACACACACACAUACCAUGUAU